AUGGGAGAGGGUUCCGGUCCCAGUGGGAGGAGACCGGGGAGAGAUGAGGCUCUGCUGCAGGAGCUGGAGGAAAUGAGCAAAAACUCCUCCAUUUCAUUUCAUGGAAACAAGAAGAACAUUUUCCAGGAAGACGUUCCUUCGGAUGACAAGAAGCUGCUGAAAUGGGCCACGCAGAGGUUUGGAGGCGUGACAUCAUUCACCACCGUCAAGAACCUGAGAGACCUCCACGCGGCGGGAGUCGGGACUAAAGCCGGUUUCCCGGACUGUGUUCUUGGAAACGAAGAUUCUGCAGAAAAACACUUUUUAACGAUCGGCCGAGUAACUGCUUCUUUUAAAUCCUGUUUUCCUACGACUCGGAACGACAACGAUGAACUUCAUAUUGUCAAUGUCCCAGAGAGAUCCACCGUCCGUAACGUCCUGCUGCACAUGGACCUGGAGAAGUCCAGCAUCUUCCUCCGAGGUCCUCAAGGAACCAACUGGACCGUUCUGAACCUGCAAAACACCAAACUAUCAUCGAACAACGAGAUCCUGAUCCGACACCAUUCCCUCGUUCACCGCCUGCCCCCGGCGUUCCCUCUGGACAGCGACGAGCCCGAGGUGGUCCAGAGAAAAGCCCUGGACUAUUUCAGAACCUCCAGUUUCACCAGUUACACCGAAAUCACCACCGACGGAUCCGCGCUGGUGCUGAGGCUGCCGAAGAAGGCCGUCAACAUCGUUUCAGAAACAGCCGUCCCGGUGACCACCAGCGCCCCCCAGAGGAUGCCGCUGACGAUGCUGCUCUAUAACUCUCGAGACUUCAGUUCUCCUCUGGACCCCAACGCCAAGGUCCAGAGCAACAGACGCAUCUAUGCAGAGAUCAGCGGCCGCGCCCUGGGGGACAUCACGCUGACCAUAAAGGUGACCCAGUGCUUCCUGCGCUCCAAAGGCUCGUGUCCCGUGGUGAAGGAGCUGCCGUUCCUCCCCGAGUCCUGCCACAGCACGUCCUGCUCUAACACCACCCGCCUCAGCUUCUCCCUGGACCAGCUGCAGGAACUCACCUCCACCACCUGGGACCUGGAGUGCUCCGUCAAGAUCUGCUACAGCGAGAAAUGUGGAGAUGGGGAGCGGGUGAAGCGGUCCCUGGAGGUCACUCAGCCGUGUCUACAGCCACAGAACCAGAUCCUCUUCAGUUCUGACAGCGUCCUGGUGCCGGCGCGGUGGAGACUGCGGCGUGCGCGUUCAGAGACUCUGUUGGCGGUGUCUGUGCUUCAGACUCGCACCGGAGCCUGGAGCGCGGCCAAGAGACAGCGCUCCUGUGGUGAAGGAAGGACCCAAACUGCAGGAACGCCAAAAUAA